UAGUAUUAAAAGUAGGAGGUGGUAAUAGCUGCUUUCUGAUUGGUGCGGCUGACAAAACAGAAUUUAGCGCUAAUUCAGGUUAGACGAGUUGCUGCUUCAGUCAGUGAACGGAUCUUCCUUGUCCAUAUCGCUUGUUGGUUUUUAUCAGAAUAGCAGACAAUUAUGGCUCCUGUUGGGGGUUCAGAUUCCCUAAAGGAGAUAAUUAAUGAUUAUAUUAACAAAAACAAAGUAAUGAUAUUCAGUAAAUCAACAUGUCCAUUUUGCACAAAGGCACAGCAGAUAUUUGAUACUUUGGGUGUAGAGUACAAAAAGAUAGAACUUGAUCAAAUUGAAAAUGGUGAUAAUAUUCAUUCAACUUUGAAAGAGAUGAGUGGCCAGAGGACUGUUCCAAAUAUUUUCAUCAAUAAAAAGCAUAUUGGUGGCUAUGAUGACACAGCAGCACUUCAUAAGAGUGGCCAGCUGCUGGAAAUGAUAUCAUCUAAAGAAUCUUAUGAUUUUGAUUUAAUUGUCAUUGGUGGAGGAUCUGGUGGUUUAGCAGCAGCUAAGGAAGCUGCUUCAUUUGAUAAAAAAGUUGCUAUUUUUGAUUUUGUUAAACCAACACCUUUAGGCACAACCUGGGGUCUUGGAGGCACUUGUGUCAAUGUAGGGUGUAUUCCAAAAAAACUAAUGCAUCAAGCUGCUCUUUUGGGUGAAGCUGGAAAAGACAGUAAAGCUUAUGGUUGGUCAACAGAACUAAGUGAUCAUAAUUGGGAUGUCAUGAAAAAUGCUAUACAGGAUCACAUUGGGUCCCUGAACUGGGGUUAUCGAGUUCAGCUAAGAGAAAAGAAAGUAACCUAUUAUAAUGCUUAUGCCAAGUUUGUUGGGCCACAUAAAAUUGAGGCAACUGACAAGAAAGGCAAAGUGAUUUCACUCACUGCUAAGCAUUUUCUAAUUUCUACUGGAUUACGACCAAACUAUUUGGAAUGUCCUGGAGCAAGAGAAUAUUGUAUCACAAGUGAUGACUUGUUUUCUUUGCCUUAUUGUCCUGGAAAGACUCUUUUUGUGGGAGCUUCAUAUAUUUCCCUUGAGUGUGCAGGUUUUCUGAGAGCUUUUGGAUUAGAUGUAACUGUUAUGGUCCGCUCUAUUUUGCUGCGUGGUUUUGAUAGACAAAUGGCAGAAUUAAUUGGUGACAAUAUGGAGGAUCAUGGAAUAAAGUUUAUUCACAAGGCUCAAGUAAAAAAGGUUGAACAACUUAAGGCUGGUGAACCUGGAAGGUUAAAAGUCACCUAUGCUACAGAGUCUGAAGAAAAAUCAGAUGAAUUUGAUACAGCUUCGUUUUGGUGUGAACAAGAAAAUAUGUCUGCUUCCAUAGUAAAAGUAUAUUUAAAUAAUAAAAUCAUUUGUAAUGAGUCUGAAAUGAGUAAUGUUCCAUACAUCCAUGCUGUUGGGGAUGUUUCGGAUGGAAAACCAGAGCUAACUCCAGUUGCCAUUCAGGCUGGAAUUUUACUUGUUCGUCGCCUGUUUACUUCAGAGAAAACAUUAUGUGACUACAACUUUAUACCAACAACUGUUUUCACACCUAUUGAAUAUGGUUGCAUUGGAAUAUCAGAAGACACUGCACUAGAGAAGUAUCCUGAUGAUAUUGAGAUAAUUUGUUUUCAGGAUAAAGUUAUUGGGUUUCAUUAUGUCGGCCCAAAUGCUGGUGAAGUGACCCAAGGAUACGCUGUAGCUCUGCGAUUAGGAGCUACAAAGAAGGACUUUAAUGCUACAGUUGGAAUUCAUCCAACCUGUUCUGAAGUUUUUACUACCCUGGCUACCAGUAAAAGUAGUGGGAUGUCAGUAGAAGCUGGUGGUUGCUGAGGUUAAUUUGCUGCUGCCCUCUAUGCACCUUGGUAAAAUAUUUAAAGUCAGUUUGAUUCAUUACUGAAUGAAACUUCUUCAAUAAUUUUUUACCAAGGUGUGGGCAGCAGCAUUGACAAAAACAGUGUGGUGCUAAAUUGGUUAUGUGCAUUUGUAAUAUGCUUCUAUGACGAUUAUGUUUUUGAAAUCCUUCAUUUGAGGAAGAAACUGAUCUGAUCUUGUAACCAGUAUUGUGCCAUAUCUUAGAAAUUCUGUCAACAAAAUAUUCAUGUAUAUAUAUAUUGAAAACUUUGGUACAAUUUUUGCAAAUUUGUAUUCACUAUAUUAGUGGGGUGUUGGGAAAGUGCUAAGGCUAUAUAUUAGACUAAAAUACAUUACUGUCCCUUUUGGUUUUGCCUUCUCAGUUUUGU